CGCGCCGUAUAUAAAUCCUCCUCGGGCUGUGAAGUCUGCGAAGCCUACAAGUCAUAAAAAUGCUAGACUCGCUGACGCUACUAUUUGAGAAGCUCUUCCUUUUCUCGAACUUUCACAUUUUCACAAGUCUCUGGCAGGAGGAGCCGGAGCGCGCGGUGAAAUGGCCAGCGCUGAGGAGAGGAGAUCUUCUGGAGGUGCAGCGCACUCUCUUCGUUCAUUACGGCAUCUACCUGGGCGACAACAGGGUGGCGCACCUGAUGCCUGACAUCAUGCCGGUGUUGACCAACAACAAACAGCUCGUCAAGCCGGUCGUCACUAACAAAAGACUCAUACUGGGCUGUAUUUACAGAAACGCGAGCAUACGCGUAGACUCGGUCGAAGAUUUCGCGUAUGGAGCUCAGAUUACGGUCAACGAUAUGGAUGUGAAAAUGAAGUGUCAAGCGCUUGUGAGCGAGGAAGUCGCGAGGAGAGCGGAGAAGCUGGUCGGCGACAUCCCGUACAGUUUAUUGUGGAAUAACUGCGAACAUUUCGUGACGUAUUGCAGGUACGGGACACCUGUGAGCCAGCAGACGGACAAGUUCUGUGACUGUCUGAAAACCAUCAUUCGGGACCAGAGAAGUGUGGCAUUAACCGUCGGAAUAGGAGUGAUGUACAUCCUGUGUUUUGGCCUGGCACCAUCAACUACAUUACCCACAAUCCUUAUUCCCUUCGUUAUGUGGAUGGCUGGCUGAGAGGCUCUUUCGCGUGACACUUUUCACAUUAAACAACAAAGCUCAGUUUUAAAGGGGACAAGUACACAACAACGCAAUGCAUCAGUGCAGCAGUGGAAUAUGUGUAAACGUGCAAAGCACACAAUGUUUAAGCAUCAUUUGCUUUUUUCUUCUAGCUAUACGUCAAAAGAUAAGCUGUAUCAUUUACAUAGUUCAUGGCAACAUGCUGUUAACUCUUAAACAGUAUUCUUAAACAGUAUACCUAGAAUUGGUAAAGCCAAUAUUGUUGUAGCUUAAAGUUACAGAUUGCAUGUACUGUUCACUAAAGGUGCCUUAUAUUUGUUUAUGAUUAUUGAUAUAGAAUCUCACUGGUAAAAUCAGUCCCAUUGAGGUACGGACAGUGAUUUAAGACAUAACAUAUAUAAGCAGGCCUACCUGUAGCUUUUGUAUUGUUAUUAUCAAGCUCUGACGAUGCUUUAUUGUUAAUUUGUACAGUUUAAAAUGUAUAUUUAAUACCAUAUGUUUCAGAAUGAGAACCAGAACAAGAAAACGCAGACCGAACAGUUUGAUGAAUGUUGGCAUUAUGUAUGAAUAAAAUGAUUGCUUCUGGUUACUGCUGCUCGGAUUUCUUACACUAUUUUCAUUCGAAUAAAACUUGU